AUGUGCAAAAACCAAUCGGUUCAUACGAAGGAUUGGGUAUUGAAUUGGCAAGGCGAGUUUUCAAGAAUGACCAAGGUCGCUUCAGCAGUUCUGCGUAUCUGUGAUACUUUCCUUUUUGACUGUGAUGGUGUUAUCUGGAAUUCUAACGUCCUUAUUCCAUCGGCCCAAGCACUUAUACAAUAUUUGUUCGACCACAAGAAGAAUGUUUUUCUAGUUACGAAUAAUAGCAGAAGAUCUGUAAAAGAAUACGUCUCCAAAUGUAAUGGCUUGGGACUGCCGGUUUUGGAAAAAAAUAUAAUAUGUACAGCUCGUGUUGCUGCUUGUUUUCUUCGAGAAAAAAUAUCUGACGGGGAAGUAUAUGUGGUUGGUGAGAGCGGAAUCGGCACUGAAUUAAAUGAAUCUGGAGUAUCUCACUUUGGAAUCGGACCUGACUUCCCAGUCGACCCGUCUAAUCCCCUUCAUGGAAUGGAAUUUAGACCAAACGUGAAAGCUGUUCUUGUGGGCUUUGAUAGUCAUUUUAAUUACAGGAAACUGAUGCGAGGAACUGCCUACAUAAAUAAUGGGGCUUAUUUCUACGCUACGAACGAAGAUGCACAACUACCGGGUGGCAAUAUUGUCUUCCCAGGUACUGGAUCUAUCGUAUCAGCUUUCAGAGUUGCUUCAGGAAAGGAGCCUGUUGUAUUUGGAAAACCACAUAAACCCAUGUUUGAUCUACUCUGCCAAUAUUGCGAAUUGGACCCUUCAAAAACUGUGAUGGUUGGAGAUAACUUAUAUACUGAUAUCGCAUUUGGGAAUAAAUUUGGUUUGCAUACAGUAUGCGUCCUGACGGGUGUUACUAAUCAAGCGUUAAUUGAUAAAGUAAACUGUUCACCAGAAGAUGAACUUUUUCGACCAAAAUAUGUUUUGCAAUCUGUUACAGAUAUUUUAAAUAUUUUGAAAGAAUAAAUCAACUGUUCUUUCCCUCUUGUUUACUCCUAAAAUAUUUCUCCUUAGUUCCUAUAUAUUUUCAUUUACUAGUGAUCAUCUUCUAAUAAGCUUAUUCAGAUUUUGUGAUUUACAUUGUUCGCUCAUUAUGUUU